AUGACUGUGUUGAGCGCCGCCAUAAGCACGAAGAGCAAGAUUUUGGUUUCGCGGCAAUUUCAGAACAUCAGCAAAUGUGACUUGGACUCUCUAACCAUCCCGUUUCAUAAUCUGAUCGAAAGAGAGAGGAGCGACCACACGUAUAUAGAAACGGACAAAGUAAGAUAUGUGUACCAGCCGCUGGAUAGUAUUUAUAUUUUCCUAAUAACGAAUAUAAAUUCUAACAUAAUAGAAGACUUGGAAAUAAUUAAAGUGCUUAGUCAGAUUAUUCAGGACCUAUGUCAGGGGAACAUCAACGAAAGUACAAUUUUGAAGAAAUGCUUUACUAUCAUAUUCUACAUUGAUGAGUUGAUAAAAAAUGGAGUGCGCGAAAUAGUAAACACGAAUCAAAUAAAAACGUAUAUAGAAAUGGAAUCACAUGAAGAGAAAUUGCAGACCAUAAUUAGGGAGAAUAAAGAGAAGGAGGAAAAAGAGAGAAGGAAAUUUAUUGCUUCCAAGUUGGAAAAGAAUAGACAAAAACAGGGCAAAACUGGUAGUAACAGUUUUCUCUCCAAUGAUAUCAUCACAAAUGUGGAUUUCAACACCAACAUGGGUUAUAACACCAAUAUGGGUUAUAACGCCAAUAUGGGCUAUAACGCUAAUAUGGGGUACAACAGCAACAUGGGCUACAACAGCAACAUGGGCUACAACAGCAACAUGAUGGACAAUUUCCUAUACAAGUCGGAGGAGCAGCACAGUGAUAUUAUCCUUGAUGAGAGCUUCAAUUCAUAUAAAGGAAUGCAAAUAGCAGGCAAAAAAGAGCAAGUGAAAAUUCUAAACGUAGUAGACAGUAACAAAAUGCUCAACAAGCCAAACAUCAAUGUAAACGCCCUAUUUGAUAAACCCAUCAACAUAGUCAUAAGUGAACAUAUUAUAUGUACUCUGAGCUCUGAAGGAACCCUUUGCGAUUUGGACAUUCAAGGAACCUUUAAUAUGCAAAUAAAUAAUCACAAGUAUUCAAAAGUUAUUAUAGAAUUGGAUAACGAGUAUUCAGAUAAAGCUAAGAUACACCCCAUAUUGGACAAAAGUAAGUAUAACUCUAAUGUGCUGGAGUUGAAAGAUAAGGGAAAGAAUUUUCGGGUAAACACAACUUAUCCUUUACUCAAGUGGAAAAUAAAUCACCUCAACGAUUCGUACAUACCACUUAACAUUAGUUGUUGGCCAUGUGAAGACAAUGAAAGUACUCUCCUAAAUUUAGAAAUUGAAAAUAAAAGAAAAAACCCAGAAGAUGUGAUAUACGAUUUGAACGUGAAUUUAAUGUGCCCCUCGUCUAGUAAACCACAAAUUAUGAGCAAAGACAAAGGCAUUAUCGAACAUGAUGGAAUUCUUCUGGCGUGGAAGGUAGAUGCUCUGAAGAGCAACCAGAACUGCCAAAUUGAAAUUUCCAUUCAGUCUAAGCCUGAGAGCGUCUUUCCCUUCUCUGUUGAGGCCAAAUCAAACAUUCUGGCGCACAAAUUGAACGUCUUGAAGGUCUUUGACGAGGAUACACACGAGGACAUCGAAUACGAAAUUAAGAAGAAUAUUACUUACCUCUUCACCAUCAACAAAUGCACACCGAAUGGAGUUGACUCUCCGCACCCACGGGGUCAUGUAAAUGCAUGUAGGAGGAACGAAAGUAAACAUGCUAGUGCAAGCAGUGGGGAAGGUCCAAACGAGGUGCUUUAUAGAAAUAGCUACAUUGGGGGGAAAAACCUGUAA